AUGUAUCUCCAUUUCCAUGUAUACAACUACUCCGAUUAUUACUCCUACCUACCACCAGAUAAGCUCAGCGCGCUUCUCUACGCCAGUGGUUCUGUCACCCCAGACGAUCCUUCCAAUGUGCACAAGCACCUCUCCCUCGAGGAGUUCACCUCUUUACCGGCGAAUGUGCAAGAUUUGCUGAAAGAUGUGGACGUCAUACCGCACGCACGCGGUGGUCACAUUAUUUCUAGAGAGACUGAAAUUGAGCGGCCCAAAUCUCUCCUACCUACCUUCUUCUCUUUGGGCCAACUUGCCCCAGCAAAGGCUCUUGCGACCCGCUUGAUAUGGACCUCGACAUCCGUUGGCCAUGGGGCAUUGCGAUUUGUGGCUCCCCAGACGCGCUUGAGGGUAGUGGAUAACAGUCCCUGGAGUAGCAUUGCACCACGCGUCGCGGACCCGAGGAAAAGAACCCCUCAAAUGGUCGGACACAAAACUAUCCCCACCUCCGGUUUGGACUUGGGGACUGUGUUAAAUUCGGGAAGAAGGAUGUUGGCCAUGAAACCGGCGCUGUGCAUUCGAGUGUGCAAUUCAACCAACAGGGGAAGAAUAGGCGAUAAGGUCGUUGUGGCAGUGGGUGGGGUGAAGAAAAGAGGAUGGAUUGUUGGGACCAGACAGCCAUCACGUGACGGAUGGCCCCGUUUUGAGUCAAACAAUAUCGUGCUGGUGGAUGACGAUGGCAAUCCCCUAGGCACUCGGAUUCUCGUCCCCAUCCCAUCCCGGCUUCGAAGUUUGUGCCGAGGGCAACACAAAAGACUACUUUUAGAAAUUGAAAAAGCACAAGAUCUUGGUACCGUCGAGAUGUAUCUCCCUUUCCAUGUAUACAACUACUCCGAUUAUUACUCCUACCUACCACCAGAUAAGCUCAGCGCGCUUCUCCACGCCAGUGGUUCUGUCAUCCCAGACGAUCCUACGAAUGUGCACAAACACCUCUCCCUCGAGGAGUUCACCUCUUUACCGGCGAAUGUGCAAGAUUUGCUGAAAGAUGUGGACGUGAUACCGCACGCACGCGGUGGUCACAUUAUUUCUACAGAGACUGAAAUUGAGCGGCCCAAAGUACCAAGUCGAUACCAUAUGGAGGAGGAUCACAAGAAACGUGUGGCCAGGAUCCGCAAAUCGCGUACACUCAUCUUAGAGUGACUACUAUGAGA